UUUUUUUUUUUUUUAUCUUUUAUUGAGCUUUAUUUUGAACUUUCACUUCGAUUCUCUCUGUUUUUCUUGAAAUGUAUGUUUUUAUUUGUGUGUGGUUUUGUUGAAAUUCGCUCACUUCUUUUUCUUGUUAGAAAGUUCGAAUUUUGAAUUUUUUUUUUUUUUAGUCUUCUUUACAUCUUUAACUAUUGAUUCUUCCUGUUAUCUUGAUUAUUCUUGUAUGUGGGCAUCUAUUGUGUUUUGAAAUUCCUCACAAAUUUGAGGUUUUCAGAAGAUGGUGGUCUGUUUUGUUCUCCUUUUUUAUUUUAAUUUAGGAUUUAUGGUAUCUUUGGCAAUGGAGUGUUUUAAAUUUUUCAUUUACUGCUUUAUGCUCAAGUCUAAAAAAUGGGGCUGGACUUUCAUAUUUUUUUAACAUUGCUUAAAUCUUACAGUCUUGGUGAAUUUUCAAUUUUGAAGUGAGAAUUCUGGAAAUAGUAUUGCUCUAUGAAAUUGUGAAAUUUUAUUGCCCUGUGAAUGUGAAUUGCUUAUAGUAUUGCUAUGUGAAUUGCCCUGUGAAGUGUGAAUUGCUUUGUUUUUGCUUCCAGUAUAUUUUGAUUUUGUUUCUAUCAUUUUGAAUUACUCCCAGUAGUAAUCAAAGUAUGGAAACUCGCAAGAAACAAGUGUAAUAUAUGAACUGUGUCAUUUUUAGUGUUGUUGUAAUAUUGUUUUAUAUUUUUAUCAUCAUUAAAUCCAUGACCAAAAACUCGACGUUCGGCGAUGAUAAAAUUUGUGCCCUCGCCGAACGAAUAUCCUGGCUCCGCUUCUGCUUUAACCAUUAUUUUAAUAACAGUCUGGCAUGGUUUGAUCAAGUUUUUCAUCAUAAUUAUUUUUGUAGCAUCACCAUAUUUUCAAUGUCAUAGUUCUUAUUUAAACUGUUAUUUUCAAAUUAUCAUAUCUUAGCUUAAAAAUGCAUUUUUUAAAAUUCUGUGACAUUUUUGAAAUUUUGAGAAGGUUAAAAUUCAAAGAUUAAUCUCACUACUUCAUAUUGCCUUGUUGGCAAAUUAAUGAAUUGUUGUUACUUGCCUAUUUAAUAAAUUUCAGCCCAUGCGUCCUAAAUUCCUGAAUCCGCCCUCCAACUCAUAAAAAUUCAAGACUAGUAGCUUAUUCUGUUUGUGCUGUUGUACAAAACCUGUUCAAUUUUUAAUAUUAGGGCUUGUCUUAAAAAUUGGAUUUUAAAGUAAGUGGUUGUUUGACAUGUAAAGAGAGGUGCAGGUUUCAACAGAUCGAAUUGGAUUCUAAGUUUGUUUGGUACUAUUUUGAUCUGUUUUCCAUUUCCAUGCUGGAACUGCAUCUCUGAAAUAAAAGUAUGUUUCUUUGUUCACCUAAGUGAAAGUUAAACUGUCAUCUUCCAGUGUCUUUUGCGGCAAUGCAAAUUGUAGGUAAUUUUUUUAGGAUUCUGUCAUUUAAGCAAAGGAAAAUUGAUCUAUCAUAUAGUUCUGCGGCUAAGGGUCUAUAGUUGGACCACUUUUAUAGAAGCACCAUGAAUGGGAUGAAGUUUUUGCAUAUUCAUAGUUUGAAUUGUUCUGGUCACAACAGCAAAGUUUUUCCCUGCCUCAUGAGUUGAGUUGAGCAUUUUCGCUUCUCAUUAAGUGCUUAAUAUGGCACCCUUGAAACUUUUUACUGCCUUACUUUUUAUUCUGAAGCCAAAUUAAGAAAAGCAAUAGAUUAGUGCUUAGCAUAUGCUAAGAACUUGCAUAUGCUUGUUGCUCGGUUAUUUGUCAACUGUGUUAUUGCAUUUCUCAUUGUAUGUAUUGCAUUUGUUGAUGGGUUCCAAUGAACUUUUUUCUUACGUUUUGUACGAAGGAAAAAUUUCACAUUGCACGUAUAGAGGUGUUAAAAAGGGCCGUGUUGGGGCUGAUGUUUUCUGCAUGAUGAGAAGUCAGUGGUCUGGCUCGUUUGAAAACUACAUUAAUGGGCUGUGUAUUGGGGUGGUAUCAUAGAGAAUGAGCAACAAUAUUAAAUGCAAUGCAGAGUCUUCAAGAAAGAAAAAUCAGGUCGGAACAAUCAAAUUCAAUCACUAAAAGAACUAACGAUCGCAAGAAAAGUACACAUAUUAACAAGGCUUACUUGACAUAACCUACAGAUGUACAUUUAGGUACGAGGGGGACUUGCCGUCUUGAGUCUGUUAGAAUGGAAGCUAGCAUUGGUAGGAGGUCUUCUCCAACCCGAUCGAAAUGGAGAAAAGUUGCUUAUGGAGGGAUGCAGCCUGGAUUUGAAGACAACCACACCGACGAAUCUUUCCUGGAAGAUAUGAUUAUGAAUGCCAGUGUUGUUAAAAGGGACUUGUUAAAGGUGAUGCUAGACUCAGUUUCUAUCUCUCAAUACGUGUGCAUUGUUGCUCUUGUGGUCCUGGUCUGGACCUACACCCUCAGAUCUACCUUCAAUGAAAACUCUCUCAUGCUUCUUGAUGUUAUCCUUCUUGGAGCAGGAUUCUUUGUUUUUCUGUUAACUGCCGAAAUGCUAUCUUUUGAUCUUCUCCUCAGUUAUGUUCUUAAAAUCUUCUUUUUUAUAACUGGUUUAUAUGUCUUGUCUCCUAUUUACCACACAUUGACCCGGUCCAUAAGCUCGGAUUCCAUCUGGGCAUUAACAGCUUCGCUUCUCAUCCUCCAUCUCUUUCUGCAUAACUACUCUGGUUCCACUGUGAAAGCUCCUGGAGCUCUAGAAAAUCCAACCUUUACAAGCAACAUCUCCCUUAAUGCUUCUAUCGUGGCUUCACUUUUAAUUGCCUCUCGCCUUCCAUCAAGGCUUCAUGUUUUUGCUAUUGUGCUAUUCUCCUUGCAAAUUUUCUUAUUUGCUCCAUUGGUCAGUUAUUGUAUAAAGAAAUGCUCUUUUCGUUUGCAUCUAUGUUUUUCUUUUGGGUUAAUGGCUGCAACACUGCUUUUCGUUUAUAGGUUGCAUGGAUUACUUUUUGUGUUAUUGUUGGGUGUUUUGGUUUUUGUAAAUUUAGUGGGUCCUUAUUGGCUCAUUAGGAUUCAAGAGUACAAGUUUGAGAUCAAUGGACCCUGGGAUGAGGCUAAGCUCUGUUUUAACAUAACAGAAUGAAACUUUUAUUUGUUGGGACUUCUUGAAAUGUUGAGAAGGAAAAAAUUUUGUACACCUUCAUGGUUUUCAAGUUUUUCGUACUUAUUUUCUGCUGGAAUCUGUGUGUAACACCAAAAGAAAUUCCUAUAUUAGACCUUAUUGUUCAUUUGAA